AUGGAACUCAAGCCUCGUUUCCAUUCUUGGGGAUCCAACUCCAACGACUUUCUCAGUCUGAACCCCUCUUUCCAAUCCAACAUGUUCGUGUCUCUUCCAUCGGACUCUCCGAUCUCUAGUGCUAGUUCAUCCACUUAUGCCGAGCCAUUUAUCUCGAGCGAUCAAUCAUCGCCGGCAUUUACUUGGCCUGAAGGUCAAAGUUACUCAUAUCAAGACCAAGUCUACCCGCAAUAUUCUCAAACCAGUCCAAGAAGUUCGAGUACUGAGAAUCAGGAGAAGAACGCCAAGAAGAGAGAUGAGAAGCCCAUUUCCGAAUCCACCCGAGUUAGAAGACGCCUGGCAGCCAAUGCCAGAGAGAGAAAACGAAUGAAUGGCCUGAACGAUGCCUUUGAGCGAUUACGAGGUGUGCUCCCGUGUCAUCGGGAUAGGCCCUUGUCCAAAAUGGAGGCGCUACAAAUGGCUCAGAACUACAUCAUGGAAUUGGUAGACAAAGUAGACGAAUGUAGAAACAUGGCUCAGUGA